UUCAGUCGGUUGUUUGUCACACAGUGAUGAAGUUAUCUAUACUAUUGAGUGUAGUGGUGAUCGCAGCCGCCAGCGCUGUGCCGCGGCAGCAGCGUCGGUUCCCUGAUGAUUUCAUCUUCGGUACUGCCACCGCUUCGUACCAGAUCGAGGGCGCUUGGGAUGAAGAUGGCAAAGGCGAAAAUAUUUGGGACUACAACACCCACCGUGACCCUACCAUCAUUGACGAUCAAAGCAAUGGCGACGUGUCCGGUGACUCCUACCACAACUACAAGAGAGAUGUCGAAAUGAUGAGAGAACUCGGCCUGGACUGCUACCGUUUCUCACUAUCCUGGCCCAGAAUCCUCCCUUCUGGCUUCCCCAACUACAUCAACCAAGCUGGCGUCGACUUUUAUAACAAAUAUAUCGACGAAAUGCUGAAAUACAACAUCCAACCUAUAGUAACGCUGUACCAUUGGGACUUACCCCAAAAACUUCAAGAUUUAGGCGGCUUUGCAAACCCUUUAUUCGAAGAAUGGUUUGAAGACUACGCAAGAGUUGCAUACAGUCUUUUCGGAGACAGAGUAAAGUUGUGGAUCACUUUUAACGAGCCUAUGCAGAUCUGUUAUCAAGGAUAUGGGUCUGCGGCUAAGGUGCCUCAAGUAAAUGCUACUGGUAUUGGGGAGUACCUGUGUGCUAAGCAUUUAGUGAUGGGUCACGCGAGGGCGUAUCAUGCGUAUAAUAAUGAUUUCAAGCCGUCACAAGGUGGGCAGUGCGGGUUUACUAUUAAUUUGCAAUGGUAUAUGCCUGAUACGGACUCGGAUGAAGACGCACGGGCGGUGGAUUUGUUGAACCAAGCUACAUGGGCGCUUUACACCGAUCCUAUCUACUUACCCGAAGGCGGUUUCCCCAAAGAAUUAUCAAACAUAGUCGCCAAGAAGAGUGCUGAGCAAGGUUUCCCUCGUUCCCGAUUGUUGUCCUUCACAGAAGAAGAAAGGGUUUACGUCCAAGGCACUUAUGAUUUCCUAGGUCUGAACCAUUAUUCAGGGAACAUCGUUUCAGCGACGAAGUAUAAGACGCCGCAAGCGGUGCCGUCGAUGUAUGACGAUAUAGAUGUUGGAUGGACUGUUGAUGAGACGUGGUUGAAGGGCCAGGCGGUUUGGAAUUAUCUAGUCCCCAACAGCCUUUACGGCUGCCUGACCCUCCUUAGCCAGCGUUACAAUAACCCCGAUGUCUACGUUACCGAAAGCGGCUGGUCCAACGCUCCCGACGCCAGUCUCAUUGAUGAGGACCGAGUCACGUAUUACGCUACCAUAAUGGAGCAGAUGCUGGAUGCUAUAGAUGAGGGGGUGAAGCUGAAGGGUUAUACGGCCUGGAGUUUAAUGGAUAAUUUUGAGUGGAUGAGGGGAUAUACCGAGCGUUUCGGCCUGUACGCCGUGGAUUUCUCAUCACCCGAAAAGACGCGGACUCCCCGUCUGUCUGCGUUCUUCUACAAAGAGGUGUUACGCACACGUACUGCUGUCACCGCCGACUGUCGUCCAGAGGACUGGACUAUGAACAUCGACGAGGGACCCAUGCAGCUACUCGUCCUUUUAAGUUUAGCAGUGCUUGGCAGCAAUGCCGCAUACGUCAAGCAGGAGAGGAGGUUUCCUGAUGAUUUCCUCUUUGGCUGUGCCACCGCGUCCUACCAAAUAGAGGGCGCUUGGAAUGAAGAUGGCAAAGGAGAAAACAUAUGGGACCACAUGACCCACAACAAGCCGGACGUGAUCAAAGACCAGAGCAACGGAGACAUCGCAGACGAUACCUACCACAACUACAAACGGGACGUAGAGAUGAUGAGGGAGUUAGGUCUAGAUGCGUACAGAUUCUCUCUGUCCUGGUCCAGAAUUCUGCCCACCGGCUUCUCCAACCAAAUAAAUCAAGCGGGAGUUGACUUCUACAACAACUACAUCGAUGAAAUGCUCAAGUACAACAUCAAGCCCAUGAUAACGCUGUACCAUUGGGAUUUGCCUCAGAAACUCCAAGAGCUGGGAGGAUUUACAAACCCCCUCAUUAGUCAAUGGUUUGAGGAUUACGCUAGAGUAGCAUUUUCCUCAUUUGGUGAUCGUGUUAAACAUUGGAUAACGUUUAAUGAGCCUAAAGAAAUAUGUUAUCAAGGUUACGGUUGGACAACAAAAGCCCCUCAGCUGAAUGCCACUGGUAUAGGGGAGUAUUUGUGCGCGAAGUACUUGGUGGUGGCUCACGCGAAGGCGUACCACGCGUACAACAACGACUUUAAGCCCAGCCAGGGCGGGGAGUGUGGAAUCACGAUCAACGUUAACUAUUACCCGCCAAUGACGGAUUCUGAGGAGGAUAAGGCGGCUUCUGAACUUUAUAACCAAGCACAGUGGGCCAUAUACUCCGAUCCCAUUUUCUCGGAGCAAGGUGGCUUCCCCAAGGAGUUGACUGAGCGCGUUGCCGCUAAAAGCAAGGAACAGGGCUACCCCAGAUCUCGUCUCCCAGAGUUCACUGAGGAAGAGAUAGCCCUCGUGAAAGGCGCUUCGGACUUCUAUGGUAUUAAUCACUACACAGCCGCUUUUGUGUCAGCUAGUGAUUAUAAAGGAGAAUAUCCUGUGCCGGGGCUGCUGGAUGAUGCGGAUGUUGGCACGUUUGCGCCAGAUGAAUGGCCUCAGUCAGCGUCUUCCUGGUUAAAACAAGCGCCCCGCAGCUUAUACAACACCUUAACCGACGUACACAACAGAUACAGCAGCCCAGUCAUAUACGUGACGGAGAAUGGAUGGUCAUCAACCGGCGGUCUUGAGGAUGACGAUCGCAUCCGUUACUACAGAGCCGCGCUGGACGACGCGCUGGAUGUGCUGGAUGAGGGAGUCCAGCUAAAAGGAUACAUGGCCUGGAGUUUAAUGGACAAUUUUGAGUGGAUGGAGGGAUACACAGAGCGCUUUGGUCUUUACGAGGUGGACUACGAAUCGGCCGAGAGGACGCGAACUGCUCGCAAAUCCGCGCUGGUCUACAAACACAUCAUCGCCAACAGAGUGGUCGACGCUGACUACAAGCCAGAAAACCUCAAUAUCAGCAUAGAUGAAGGGCAUUGAUGACAACUUGACUACGUUGAAGGAAUAAAUG